GGAAUGUUGGCUCAGAUUCUUUAUUUUUAAAAGGCGAGAAAUACUAGAGAGUAAAAUCAAUAAUGGAUCCAAAAGGAUACCUCCGAGUCACCCACCAAGAUUCUAACCGAGUCACUCAACUCAUCAUCCCACCACAACCACCUCAAGCCUUACACAGCUUCUAUGAAGAUUGCACUCUCAAAGGCAUUCGAGUUGACCGAUUCCAACCCGGUUUCAUUUCUUGCUCUUUCACUGUCCCCUCUCGCCUUACUGAUAGGAAUGGAGACAUGGCGGUGGGUGCAAUUGCAAAUUUAGUAGACGAGAUUGGUGCAAGUGUGAUAUAUGAAAAAGAUGCACCUAUGCCUGUUUCUGUUGAUAUGUCUAUAUCUUACCUUUCAAAUGCCAAACUUAAUGUUAGUUGUUUUUCUUUGCCUCUGCUCAUCAAACAUGUAGUAACUAUAAAUUUAUGUCGGUCUCAUAACCUGAAGAGGCUCAAAGAUCUUGAAAAAAAGAGCGAGAAGCAGCUGUCGAUUAGCAUAAGUUGAACAGACUAGCAGGAAAAACCAGUUGACCUGCAGGUCUGCUACGGAUGAUACUUCUUUUGAAUGCAACUCCUAUCUACGGAACUCUUGUUGCGAGGAACACAGUAAUCACCGAGAUGAUUACUUGAGAAAGACACAUUCAUUGUUUAGUUGAAUGAAAAGGAAAAAUCUGAAACCAAGUUUAUGGUAUAUUGUUGCCAAAUAUACGGCAUACGAGCAUACUUGAAGCAAAAAAUUGUUGAGUUUUAA